AUGAAUUUCUUAUUGUUGACUAAUCAAGUGAUCCAAAGAGAUCAAGAAGCAGACAAGGGAAGACUACAUGAUUUGCAAGCACAGUUACAAGAGAAGACAAAGCAAUUCCACAAACUACAGUCAAUGUACGAGAAACUUAAAAGAAAGACAGCCAUACCAAAUCUUCAACAAUCUAUUCCACCCUCCCUUCAAUUCCCUCCACACCCUCCCCAUAUCGGCCCAACACCCUAUGUAGGCCAUCCGAUGCCGCCACCAACGAACCAGCCUUACCAGUACCCACAUCCCUACCCGCAAAAUGCAUAUUGGACCCCACCUCAAAACUUUCUAUCAGAUCCUAGGGCAAGUCCAUUGCAAUCAAUACACAACACUGCACAAUCAACUCGCACAUACACUACCCUUGGAUCAACCGUGAGCCAACCCCCUUACAACUCAGCCUACCAGAAUAAGCAACAUCCCAAUAAACCAAGGCAGAAUUCACCUGUACAUCCAACCAGCAACAACAACCCUGCAUCAACCAGAGAUCCAAAGCAAAUCUAA